AUGUCCGGGUCGGCGGCGCUCGGUGCGAUCCUCGAGAAGAUCUCGAGCCAUGACAAAGAUUACCGGUACAUGGGCACCUCGGACCUGCUCGCGGAGCUCUCAAAGGACUCCUUCCGCGCCACCCCCGAAGUCGAGCGGAAGGUCACCGAGGUGGUCCUGAAGCAGCUCGACGAUCAAUCCGCGGACGUGUCCUCCCUGGCGGUCAAGUGCAUCCCGCCGCUCGUCAAGGGCGCGAGCGAGAAGACGACGGAGACGGUCAUCGACGCGCUGUGCGCCAAGCUCGCGAUGACCGCCAAGUCGGACGCCCAGCGAAGGGACGCGGGCGUCAUCGGGCUCAAAUCCCUCGUCGCCGAACUCGGAGAUUCCCACCCGGCGUCCGGCGCCGUCGUCGCGUCACUCGCCCCGAAGCUCGUCGCCUUCUUCGCGGGUAAAUCCACCGACGAACCCGACGCCGCAGUCGUCGGCGACGUCCUGGACAUCCUCCGCGCCGCCGCGACGUCGCACGGCCGCGCCAUGGCGCCGCACCACGCGGCGACCCGCGACGCCCUCCUCGCGUACCUCAAAAGCGACGGCCGCGUCGCGAAGAAGCGCGCCGCGCAGUGCCUCGCCGCGCUCGCCGCGUCCUUCACCGACGCAGCGGCGGCGGCCACGGUGGACGACGUCCUCGGUGAGCUCAGCGCCUGCACCGCCUCCGCGGGCUCGAGGGGGGGAGCCGGUGACGAGCGGGCGCUGUGGGCGUGGCUGCUCGGCGCGCUGGCGAGGUGCGCCAACGCCGGUUUGGAAUUUUCAAAGAAGAUUGCGGGCGCGACGCCCGCCGUCGCGGAGCUCUGCGAGCGCGCACGCGGGGAGGAGGAGGAGCCCACGAGGGAGGCGUGUCUGCAGGCGCUCGAGGCGUUCGCGGCUCGGUGCCCCGGGGAGUGCGCGGUUCACCUCGCGCGUGUGCAGUGCCUCGCAUCGGACCUGACGUCCUACGACCCAAACUGCGACGACGACGACGACGACGACGACGACCUCGGCGACUCGGCCGCGGACGCCGGAGACGACGCCGCGGACGAGGACAUGGACGACGACGAGUACGGCGACGAGGAGUACAGCGACGACGAGGACGACUCGAGCUGGAAGAUUCGAAGGGCGGCGGUCAAGACUGUCGCCGCGGUUGCCAGGGCGUCGCCCGCGACGCUGGAGCAAAACUUUGCGAAAAUCGCGUCCAAGAUGCUCGGGCGUCUGCGGCGCGAGCGCGAGGAGAGCGUCAAGCUGGACGUGUUCGAGGCGCUCGAGGACAUCGUUCGGACCUGCGCCGGGCACGGGGAAUCGUUGGAGGCGGCCGCGCGGGCGUGUGCUCCGCGAAUCGCCCGCGCGGCGACGGCGAGGCUCUUGGACAGAACCUCAGGCGCCAAAGUUAAGACGGCGGCGCUCCGACUGACGCGCGAAACCGCGGCGGCGCUCCCGGGCUCGCUCGAAUCGUCCCUCCAAACGCUCGUCACCGCGCUCGCCACCGUGCUCGCGCCGAACGGCGGGCCCGCGGCUGGGGGAAGCGCUUUGAAAGUCGAGGCGCUCGCGUUGGCCGGGCUCGUAUUUUCGACGCGCGGGGGCCAACCCACAGAUCCCGCGUUUGUCGACUCCCUCGCGCCGCACAUCUUCGCCGCCGCGGGGGAUAAGUACUACAAGGUGGCCGCGGAGGCGCUGCGCGCGUGCAGGGCGCUCGUGCCCGUCGUGGAACGCGACGCGAGGUGGCACGCGGCGGCGCUGGCGGAGGCGGCGUUGUCGCGGGUGGGCGCGACGGACCAGGACCAGGAGGUGAAGGACGCCGCCAUCUCGUGCGCCGGUACGUGCGCGGCGAGGCUCGGUGACGUCAUGGGCGCGGACUUGAAGCGGUGCAUCGGCCUGCUUCUGGACAGGCUCAAGAACGAGAUCACGAGGCUGGCGGCGGUCAAGGCGAUCGGGGCGGUGGCAAAGUCGGAGCUGCGUCUGGACAUGGGCGACUACGCGGCGACGGCGGCGACUGCGCUGGCUGGAUUUCUUCGCAAGACGAACCGGCCGCUGCGGCUGGCUUGCCUCGCCGCGCUCGAAGCGCUGGUGUCGAAGCACUCCGGAUCGCUGAGCGACGCCGAGGUCACCGUCGCGGUGGUGGAGGCGGCGGAGUUGGUGACGGACGGUGACCUGGCCAUCGCCGGGUCGGCGCUGUCGGUUCUUGAGUCGGUUCUUGAGUCGACGGCGUUUCCAAACGCAGCUGCCGCGGUGUGCGAGAAGGCGCUUCCCGCGGCGCUAACGCUGGUUCGCUCGGCGCUGAUGCAGUCGCACGCGUUACACGCGCUCACCUCGUUCUUCGCCGCACUCGUCGCCGCGAACCUUCCCGCGGUCAAAGCGGAUGAUUUGCUCGCGAGGUUGAUGGACGGCGGGUCGGGGAGCGACGGGGCGGGCGGGUCGGAGACGAUGAAGGCGGAGGGGGAGGCGGCCGCCGUCGCGGGUCGCACCGCGGCCGUCUGCGUCGCCGCCGUCUGCGCGGGCGUGAACGACGCCAAGCACACGUCCGCCACGGCCGCCGCGCUGGUGAAGCAGCUCGGCGAUCCCGCGAGCCUCGCCGAGAAGGAUUUACUGGCGCUCUUCUGCCUCGGCGAGCUCGGAAAGGCGGCUGAUUUAUCAAACGUCGCCGGCAUCGAAGCCGCGCUGCUCGGCGCGCUGGACGCACCGGGCGAGGAGCUCAAGUCCGCCGCGUCCGUCGCGCUCGGCGGGGUGGCGACGGGCGGGCGCGGCAAGUUCCUUCCGAUGAUAUUAAGCCACGUGGCGAACGAGUCGCACAAACACCAGUACUCGCUCUUCCUGUCCUUGCGCGAGGUUAUUCGCAACGGCGGCGUCGAUCAAGCGGCGGAGGAUGCGAGUCGAACGCUCGAAAUUCUGUUUGCCAACGCCGGCAGCGAGGAGGAGGGCGUGCGCAACGUCGUGGCCGAGUGUCUAGGUUUGUUGGCCGUGGGUGACGCGUCAUCUCUCGCGCCCGCACUCGCCGAGAAGGUCUCGAGCGGGGACGCGAGGACUCGAGCCACGUCGGUGCUCGCGAUGAAAUACGCCGCGCUCGCCUUAAAAGCGGAUGACUCAUCAAACGCGGUGGCGGUGUUCGCGCAAGUGCUCCCUAAGUUCGUGGGUUCGAUUCCGUUGAGGGACGAGGACAGGGACGUCAGGCGCGCGGCGGUGCAGACGCUCAGCGCCGCGGCGCACGCCGCGCCCGCGCUCGCGAGGCCCAUCCUCGCCGACGCGUUACCCGCGGUUUUCGAACAAACCGUCAUCGACGAAUCGGGCGUUCGCGUCGUGGACCUCGGCCCGUUCAAGCACACCGUGGACGACGGUUUGGAGCUUCGAAAAGCCGCGUUCGAGUGUUGCGACACCCUUCUCGACGCGUGCCUCCCCGCGGACUCGUUGGCCAACGCCGGCGAAUCGAUUUCUGGAUGCGCCUCCGGGUACGUCGCCGCGCUCGUCACCGGCCUCGGCGACCACUACGACGUGAAGAUGGUAUCCCACGCGUUGCUGGCCAAGCUCGCGACGCGACCGGGCGCCUCCGCGGUGCUCCUCCAGCGGUUGAAGGAGCUGGUGGAUCCGAUGGGCAAGACGCUGACGGCGAAGCUCAAAAGCGACGCGGUGAAGCAGGAGAUUGAUCGCAACGAGGACCUCGUGCGGUCGUGCCUGAGGGCGGUGGACGCGUGCGAGGCGCACCUGGCGGGAGCGUCGAACGAUCCGGCGUUCGCGGAGUUCAUCGCCAAGACGGUCAACGGGGAGAGGACGGCGGCGAAGUACGCCGCGAUCAAGGCCGAGGCCAAGGCUGCGGACAAGAAUUGACGGGGGCGAUCGACGCCGCGGGACGAGUUUUGCGAAACAACUUUUACAAGCCCAAAAAAUAUAAAGCC